AUGAGUGCUCUCACAGUGACCCCAAUUGAUGCCCUGAAGCCAUUUCUGGGCGCCCGCAUCGACGACAUCAGCCUCGAUAACCUCCAAGAAGACGACUUUGUCGCGCUUCGCGAAGCCCUUUACACCUACAAUGUUGUUUGCAUCAAGAACCAGCAGUCACUCUCACCACGAACACAAGCCGAGCUCACCCGCCGCUUCGACCCUACCGCCGUUGGCUACGGCCACGGCAAGACCAUCGACGGCAAACGCUCGAUCCUGCACCCGGACCUGAAAACCAUCCCUCACCAACCUGAAGUCCAAGUCAUCGGCAACGGCUUCGUCCCCUCCUACGAAGGCCUCAGCGAGAUCACAUUGAAGCACCCACACCACCGCACUUUCCACGCCACCACCAUCCCCGCCGAGAAGGACCUGGACUACACCCGCUUCUAUCGCUGGCACAUCGAUGCCGCGCUGUACGGUCCUCUGCAGCCCCCACGCGUCACAUCGCUGCUGGCUGUCAAAGUGCCCCAAGGCCGCACACAGACCUUCCUCUACGACGACGGCAGCGCCGACGAGAUGCAGGUGCCACUUGGAACCACGGCCUUCGUGAGCGGCUACAAGAUGUUCGAGCUGCUCAGCCCUGCCCAGAAGGAGUUUGUGCUGACCAGCAAGAUCGAGUACGCGCCCCAUCCGUACGUGUGGAUCAGCAGCGCGAAGAGUCGGUCAGAUGGUCUCGGCAUGGUGAGCGAGGGCAAGGAGGUGCCGAUCAGCGAGCUGCCGACGGUCCAGCCCGAAGACGUCCAGGUACACACGAUGGUGUGGAAGAAUCCGGUGACAGGCCAGCUGGCGCUGCAGGUGCACCCGAGCGUCGUGAGGCGGAUCCACCUCAAGGAUGGUACGGUGAUCGAUGAUCUGGAGCAGGUGCGGAGGAUCGUGCACGAGUUGCAGCGGCCAGGCAUUGCGCCGGAGCUGGUGUACGCGCAUGAUUGGGAAGAGGGAGAUUUGGUGCUGUUCAACAACCACGGCGUGCUCCAUAGCGUUGUGGGAGCGUUUGCCGAGCAUGAAGUCAGGCUGUUCAGGCAGUGUAAUCUGGCUGCCAGCGAGCCGCCGCUUGCGCCAUGA